AUGUACGGCACAGAGAGGUACGGCACAGAGAGGUGCGGCACAGAGAGCAUAACGGAGCAGGCGGCCAACGAGGCACAUGACAUGCGCGUGCUGGUGGGCGCUUUGGAGAACCACACUCUCUCCGUCGCCACCGCCCUCACCGACCACGUCGCCCUGCAGACCGGUCAGCUGCGCCAGCUGGCAACGGAGAUCCGCAAUCACAGCGCCACGGUGCAGACCCACGUGGCAACAGCCGUGGACGCCAUUGGCGGAGGCGGGGAGGGCGGGAGGGGCGGCGGAGAUGUGACAAAGGAGAAGCUGGCCGUGCUCAUCUCCGCCUCCGCUCGCUCCCAGCGCAAGACAGAGGCGUUUCUCUCCAGCUUGCUCACCUCAGUCAAGGCGCUCUCCAAGCAGAUGGAGGUGGGUGCUGCGCGGUGCGUGCGGUCACAUGCAAUGCAAGUGGAGCAGGGAGGGGCAGGAGGAGCAGGAGGGGCAGCGGGCAGCGGAGCGAGCUUGAUGAGGGUGAGGGAGGCGGCCGCGGCUUCCAGGAAGCAGCUGCUGGCCCUCAAGACGCUGCAGGAGUCAAUGGAGGACCUCAAGUCAAGGCAGUCAACGACGGACUACUCCCCUCAGGUACUCCCCUCAGGUACUCCCACAGGUGCUUCCUCAGGUUCUUCCUCAGGUGCUUCCUCAGGUGCUCCCCUCAGGUGCUCCCCUCAGGUGCUCCCGCAGGUGCUUCCUCAGGUGCUCCUUGCAGGGUGCUUCCCUCAGGUGCUUCCCUCAGGUGCUUCCCUCAGGUGCUUCCCUCAGGUGCUUCCCUCAGGUGCUUCCCUCACGUGCUUCCCUCAGGUGCUUCCCUCAGGUGCUUCCCUCAGGUGCUUCCCUCAAGUGCCCCCCUCAGGUGUUUCCCUUGGGUGCUUCCGUCAGGGCAGGGUUGUUGAGGUGUGGCUGCUGGGCGCAGUGGUUCCGUCAAGGCGGGCCAAGGGAAGGACACGCAUGCUGGCAGUGCUCAAGGCGCUGGUGGCACACAUCAAGGCUGCCACGACCAACGCAAGCCCGAGUCUGCAACUGCCCAGGGCGGCUGGACUGGGGCGCACACGUGCCUCCUCACUCUCCUCUUCCCCAUCCCUCUCCCCUCCAUCCCACAUCCCCCCCUCUCUUCUCAGGCAGCUCAUCUGCAUUCUGGCGGUGCUCAAGGCGUUGCUCAUCCGCAUUCUCGGGGUGCUCAAGGCGCUGGUGGCGCAUAUCAAGGCUGCCAUGGCUAAUGGCGGGCUGGGCCUGGGGCUGGGCGAGCAGCUGCCACAGCUGCCGUCGCUCGACAUGGAUGUGAGUCACCUAGAGGCGAUGCCACUGCAGCCACAGGCACAGGUGUCAGCGCAGCAGGCGCAGCAGAUGGAGCGGCUGCUGCAGCAGGUGCUGGCGGAGGUGCGCAACGGAACGCAGCUCACGCUGCUCCUCCGCGCCGUCUCCACGCAGACCACCAUCCUCUCGCGCCUAGCCAAGCGCUUCUCCUCGCUCCAAUCAGCCGCCUUCUCCGCCACCACUGCUGCCGCCACACCCCCGCCUGCUGGCCCUGACUCUGCUGCGGGCGGUGGUGGUGUGGCGCGCAUGCUCACGGGGGAGGAGGCGGAUGGCAAGGGGGGGUACUCGGUGCCGGUGAGGACGCUGGCCGUGGUGCAGAAGAGCGCGCGCGCGCUGCAGCAGAUGCCCGCGCUGCUCAUGCAGUUGGACCGCCGGCUGCAGGGCCUGAUGGCGAAGGAGGCUGCUGCCCGCGCCGCCAAGCAGAAAGAGGAAGAGGCGGCUGCAGCAGGGAAGGCGGCGGCGGCGGCGGCAGGGGGCACGCAAGGAGAGGGAGCAGGCGGGCAGAAGGAGGAGGGCCAAGAGCAGCGCACGGUGGAAGGGGCAGGGCAGCAGCAGCAGCAGCAGGGAGGAGUGGCGGCAGGUAUGGGCGCGGCAGGAGGGGCAGGCGCUGGGGGGGGUGGCGGAGAUGACAGGGGUGGGGGCGAGCAGGGGCGAGUGGUGACGCAGCAAGGAGAGGGAGGACGUAAGGGGAGGGGUGGCGGAUUGAUUGGAGGCGAGCAGGCUGGAGGGAGUGCAGAGAAGAAUAUUGGUGGGCGCGACGGGGAGACGAGGGCAGGUAGCGAUGGUGCUGCGGGUGCUGGUAGCAGUAACGACGCUGGUGAUGGCUCCGCUGGUUCUGCCGCUGCCGCUGAUGGUUUGGAGAGAGGGCUGGGCAGGGGAGAGGGGCGAGCAGGAGGUGGGGAUGCUGGAGGGGCGGAGCAAGAGGGAGGAGAGGGGAGAAGGGAUGGGGGGGGAGAGAGGGGGGAUGGGGAAGAUGGCGGGGAUAGGGAGGGGGGGAGAGCACAGAGAGCGGCUGGCAAAGGAGAUGGAGGAAGGGAGGAGGGAAAGGCAGGAGCAGGUGGAGGAGAGGGGAAAGCAGCAUCAGGAGGUGAGGAAGGAGAGGGAGAAGAGGGGGCAGGGGAAGGAGGGGGUGAAGGGGGCGCAAGGGGAGGAGGGGGAGGAGGGGGAGCAGGGGGAGUGGUGCCGAUAGAGUGGGCGAAGCCGGAGGAGAUGGACAGCGAGCGGGCGGACCUGGUGUCGAUGCUCAAGGCGCGCAGGGACGAGGCGAGCGAGCGCGGCAGCGAUGACAGCGGCGUGAAGAGUGGCGGCGGCAGUGAGACACUCAAGCACCGGCAGAAGCGGAAGAAGCACAAGGGUGGGGACGGGCGCAGUGCGGUGGGAGGCAGUGGGAAGGGAGAGGGGGAGAUGAGCGAGGAGGAGAGGGCCAUGGCUGAGGCGAGGAUGGCGGUGAGUAGAGAGAGAGGGGAGGAUGAGGAGGAGGAGGAAGAGGAGGAGGGGGAGGGGGAAGGGGAGGAGGGAGAGGAGGAGGUGGAAGAAGGGGAGGAGGAGGGUGGGGAGGACGAGGAGAAGGGUGGGGGGAAGGGAAAAGGCGAGGGUGGGGUAAAGAGUGGGGUUGGACACAAGAGGAGGGUGGCUAGAAGUGAACGUGGGGAGGCAGGGAGUGGAAACCUGAAGGAGAGAGGGGGGAGGAGAGGAGGGGAGGGAGAGAGCAAGAGGAGGCUAGGAGAGGAAGAUGGUGCGAGGGGGGCACAGGGGGGAGGGGCACGAGGAGGAGGGGGAGGAGGAGGAGUGGGGGUAGGGGAAGGAGGAGGAGGGGAGAGUGCAAUGGGAAGGCAGGGCAGAAGGAAGCGCAUUCCAAUGGAGCAGGCGGAGGAGUAG